UGUCCGUCAUUCAUUCAUUCAUUUACUUGCUAAAAAAGGUAGAGAACAGAAACGGGAAAUGUUGGCAAAUUACUACUGAUAAAUACGUGUAAUGAAUGUUUUGUUCUCUUAUUUAAGCUAAUCUUUGUGUAAUACUGUGUGGUUCGUGCGAUAUAGUUAACUGGAACGGGUAAUAAGUGAUAUGUUUACAUUGUGAAAUAAGUUUUAGUUCCGUAGCCGUGAAAAGCAUAUUCGAGUUGUUCGCAGCGAAAGGAGACUUUUUUGUUGCGAUUUCGGCGUUUUCAGUGCUCGGUGAUGGUAUCUCCGGACCGUAUCGGUGUACAGUUCUCCGAUAUUCGCGAGUGGCGACGAGAUUUUGGAUGUUUUGUCGCAUUAUGUUGCUCUUUCUUCGUGCGUAAACUGUAAACAGAGCAGUAGCAAGUUGCAACAACACUUGCGGUUCAUAAGUUUUGCAACCAUCAUUAGAGCGUGAAAACCGUGUCAAGCUUGCACCCCGCGAGAUUUGGAUCCUCUGAUAAUAACAUUUAUACACCAGUGAGACAAUACAAUGGAUAUCAGCUCGUAAUAUUGAAGAUAUAUUAUGGCAUCAGGCACGUCCUCCUUGGAAAGCAAUGGCAGUAAUGAGUCCAUUCCGCACAGCUACGUGAGCAAUGAGAGGCACCCGGGCGCGCCGCUGGAGUACGAGGUGCUCUCGUCGUCGCAGUGCUACGAGAAGCCGGCCUACGCGCACGCGCACGCCAUGAGCGCGCCCUACGAGCUGGGCGCGUACGACGUGCUCGGCCAGCAGGCCAACGAGGGCCUCAAGCAGCAGUGCGAGAAGGCCUUGCACGACCUCGCGCAGUUGCGGCGCCAGCACUCUGAGACGUCGCGCCGCUGCGAGCAUGUCAUGAAGGAGUUGGAAUACUUCCGCGGGCAGCACCGGGCGGCCAUGAAUCAGCUGGAGGUGUCUGCGCAGGAAGCAAGCAGCCUGCGCGGGAAGUACGGCGACCUGCUCAACGACAACCAACGGCUCGAGCGCGAAGUGCAGCACCUGCAACAGAACAGCGGCGCGGAGGGCUCGGACGCGCUCGUGCACACCCUCCGGAAAUACGAGGCUCUCAAGGAAGAGUUCGAUUGCUUCCAGAAGAGGUAUGACGACUUAAUAGAAAAUCACAACACUUCUCUGGAAAAACUUCGAAUAGUCCAAGAGGAGAACAGUCGAUUGAAGACCCAGUGUCACGAGUUGACACAGGAAAGAAAUGCUGUGAUACGCGAACGUAAUGCCCUGAAACAGCAAGUGGCUAGCGUGGUUAGACAGUGGGAAGGCGGUGGGGUCCGAGAGAGAGCUGAUAUCAAACGACUGACAGAUGAAAGAAAUGCCGCCAUGGCCGAAUAUACGCUUAUUAUGAGUGAGAGGGACACGGUGCACAAAGAGAUGGAGAAACUCUCCGACGACCUUCAGGCGGCACUCAAGAGGGUGGCGGCUUUGGAGUCCGCCCUGCAAGCCUCGAGGGAAGAACAGAGGGCUACCGCUUUACAGGCGGAAAGCUUGCGUCGCGAGAUAGAGUCCGCUCUGGUGGACCGAGAUCGCGCCAUCAAAGAGUGCACGGACUUGAAGACGCCGCAGAACACGUCCACACUAGUGAAGUCACGUCAAGAUAAUUCUGCAUAUCACCACUUGGGGCUAUCGAGUGGCGUUGGUACUGAUGGAUUUCUUAACGGACAGCAUUCGAACGACCCUUCCAUGGAUAAAUUGCAAGGUUUGGUGGGCAUGGUAGUGGACGCGGUGGACAAAGAGCGCGUGGACAACCUGGAGCAAGCCAACCAAGAGAUCGAGCGGCUGAGGAAGCAGGCGGACCGCUUGCAGGCCGAGCUCAACGACGCGCAGAGAGAGGCCGAAGUGUCGAAACGUAGAAGAGAUUGGGCAUUUUCGGAGCGAGACAAACUACUGCAAGAGCGAGAGAGCGUCAAAGCGCUUUGUAACAGAUUGAGGAAGGAACGCGACCAGAUGGUGGGCGAGCUGGCCGAGGCGCGGCGCCACAACAAGAAGGAGUCGAAGGACGGCAAGGCCCGCGCCAAGCACGACGACGCGUGCCGCCUGCCCUCCCCCGCGCCGCCCCCCCACCCGGCGCCGCACGCCUCGCACCGACACUCCACCGACGUGCAGGACUUCGAGUGGGAGAUCAUCGACGUGGAGUUGAGCGGCGCGGGCGCGGACGCACUGGGCCUGCAGCUGUGCGGCGGGCGCGACGAGCCGCACUACCCGCACGACUGCAGCGUGUACGUGGCCGCCGUGCAGCCCGGCUCCGCCGCCGACGGCAAGAUCAAAGUGCUGGACCGCAUCGCGGAGGCGUGCGGCGUGUCGCAGUGGGCGCGCGGCGCGGCGUGCGCGGCGGCGCUGCGAGCGGCGCUGGCGCGCGGGCCCGUGGCCCUGCGCCUGCAGCGCGCCCGCGCCGCUCGCACGCUGCUGAGGAUCGCCGCGGGCGGACAGAGCCCGCACUGCGGCCUCACGCUGCAGCACGGUAUUUUCAUUGGCAAAAUAGCGUGUGGGAGUGCGGCUGCGAAGGAAAGCAACCUCUACGUCGGCGACAGGGUCGUUAGUAUAAACAAUCGUUCGCUAGAGGGCGUGAAGAGCGCUUCGGAGGCGACCGCGCUUCUCAACGACUGUCAGUACGACUGCGUGCUACUGACCGUGCUUCGCCCGCUGUAUCCGUGCUGCGAUCCUAGGAACAGGUCUUCGUUCGAGCCCGCGUAUCCAUCUAACACCCCCUCGGCUGAAGAACCAUGGGGUGCGUUUCUACCGCCCGCGCCGCCACAUGAACCGAAGCAGGUACACAUAGAUCACGGGGUGCCGGAUUUUGACAGGCGAUACGUGUACCAUGUAGCCGCCGGAAGCCAGGGGAAGAUACACCAAGAAAGAGGGACUUGGGACAUGAUUGGGGGCAUGAUCCGGGGGAAGAUUGAAGCUGUCACGGGCAGUAAAUCUAAAGAUAAACAAAAUAAGGUGCCUGAAUCAGAUGCUAUCGCAGAGUUAGAUUCCGUUAUCGACAGCUAUCACGGAAAAACAAUUAAAGAAACUAGCAGUGUGCUUAAACGUUCGCGUAGAAAAAACAAGGAGGCGCAAAAUGAUGCGAAAAAUGGCGGAACGUGGCCCAAAGCUCGCGCGAAUUUUAUACUUGAGGAUAAUGCCACUGGCACCAUAGUUCAACCUAGGUCCAGGAAAGAGAGACCCCCACUGUCUAUCCUGCUCAGUCCACCCACAAAACUGCCGCCCGAACCACAAAGAUCCAACACAAACCGAAAUUCAAACCCGAUACCCUUAGGACACGUUCCUUUAACCCAAGUGACAGCGCCCGCGCGACAUUCAGUGUACAAAUCUAUAGAAACUAGUCCUGCAGUUGAACAUUUCCCGAAACCGGCGCCAUUGGCUAUCCACAACCCUUUUGCUCCCCCUAAUAUGAGUUUCGACAAAAAUCGCACGUUAGAGAAAGACAAAAUAUCCAUAAGCGAUUACGAACAAGACGUCACCCCGAACAGGUUGAGUUUGGUGCUGAACCCAUCAGAAGAUUCAUUAUUCUAUCAACCGGCGCUAAGAAAUCGGACCAAAAGCCCUCACUCUUUAGAUUUUAUGGUCAACAAGGGCCCUACUUCUCUAGACUUCGUCACGAGAAAAUCGCCGAGUUCAUUGGACCAUUCGAUUAAAAACCACACGGGAAAGGAUAUCCUCGACCAGUAUUAUUCGUCAAAAAAGUCUUCGUCGCCUAAAACAGUGAAUAAAUAUCCUUCAGAUAGUGACAGCUUUGGUCCGGACAGUUUGAAUAGUAAUGCUAACUUCCCUAUGACGGGCACAUUGCCUACGCAAUCUCGACUACAGUCCCAGUAUUACAGAGGUCCGUUUACGAAUUCAAACCCUCAUGCUUCUAGUCGAUACCCACAUCUUUCGAGCCCUACCAAUAUACCUCAAAGUCAGUCGGGCGAAAGUAUCGGCACGACUUAUGACAUGCACUCCUUUACAUCCCACACGCAUAAUAUGUCAGAUCUCAAUCCUGUACCGAGAGUGAAUCGGGAAUACCAACACACGUAUGAAGGUGGUACGUUUCCCAGGAAGAAAGAAAAUCAGAGAUUUCGAAUACCGUCCAACCCCAGUGUAACUUCUAAAAAUUCUGCAGGAAAACUGAGUACGGGGUCUAUAGAGAGGAGUUCCGAGAGGAACUCUCCAAUGCCGACAUUCCACGUCGAAGUUUUAAGCCCUGGAAGGGGAGCUAAGCAACUUACCCAUAAAUUAACAAGAAAUUCCAUGCCCGAAUACUGUGGCUUAGGUUGGAAUAAACCGUUACCUGGUGAACUCCGACGGGUGCAUAUAGACAAAAGUCAGCAGCCGCUUGGAAUUCAGAUAUACUGCCCUCCAAGCAGUGGAGGAGUAUUUGUUUCGACUGUGAAUGAAAAUUCAUUGGCAAGUCAAGUUGGUCUUCAAAUCGGCGAUCAGUUAUUAGAAGUUUGUGGUAUAAAUAUGCGCUCAGCAACUUAUACGUUAGCUGCGAGUGUGUUACGGCAGAUCGGAAACUCCAUAACCAUGCUCGUACAAUAUAGCCCUGAGAAAUAUAAGGAUGAAAUGGAUGUGCCUGGUAGUUCCUCUUCCGGGGAGAGUUCUCAUGAUGAAGAGGUAUCGUUAUCUGGGUCGCCAACACCUAGAAAUUCACCCGGUCCACAACAGUCUUUGAGAAUGGAUGUGCCAUCCACAGAUGUGGCUACCUUAAGGCAAUCGCAGGGGAAUAAGGAUCUGCCUAGGUUCUUGUUGAUAGAGAUGCGUAAUUGUUCAGAUUUAGGUAUAAGUUUGGUCGGGGGUAAUGCUGUGGGUAUAUUUGUGCAUAGUGUGCAAAUAGAUUCGCCUGCUUAUAUAGCUGGUUUGCGUACGGGAGAUCAGAUCCUGGAGUACAAUAAUGUGGACUUGAGGCGGGCGACCGCGGAGCAGGCAGCUCUAGAGUUAGCGAAACCAGCGGAUAAGGUCAGCGUUCUAGUCCGGCACGAUCUUCAACAAUACCACGAAAUAAAAGACAAACCAGGAGACGCGUUCUACAUACGCGCGGGGUUCGACAGAUGUACAAAGAUAACUUCCAUAGGCAUGGACACUAUAGACGAGUAUUCUCUAUGGUUCCGGAAGGAUGAAGUGCUUUUUGUGGAUAACACCCUGUUUAAUGGUGCUCCGGGGCUUUGGCGCGCUUGGCAGCUAGACUUCAAGGGUGUCAAGAGACAGUGGGGAACCAUACCCAGUAAAUUUAAGGUCGAAGAAAUCCUUCGGCGAUCGGUAGGAACAUUAGAUAACGAUGCGCAAAGGCGAGCUUCGAGUACAGCCCGAAGGUCGUUCUUCCGACGGAAAAAGCACAGAGACAGCAAGGAAUUGGCUUCCUUCUCGAAUACUGAGCUAGGGUGCUGGAGCGAUUCCGGCACCCUGGCCGACGACGUUCCACCGCUCUCGUAUCAGAGGGUAGAGCGAUUACACUGUAAUUCUGUUGCGGCAGACGGCAGCAGACGGCCGGUGGCCGUGCUGGGCCCGCUGCGGGACUGCGUGGCGGGCAAGCUGGUGACGGACUGGCCGCACGUGUUCGCGCGCGCGCGCCCCGACCCCCGGGCGCUCCGGGACCUGGCCGAGAAGGGCAUCCACUGCAUAGUUGACGUGAGCGUGCCGACCAUCGAGAAACUUCACAAGCAUCAGAUUUAUCCCAUAGUCCUGUUCAUCAAGUUCAAGUCCUUCAAGCAGAUCAAAGAGGUGAAGGACACGCGGUACCCCGCCGACAAAGUCUCCGCCAAAGCGGCUAAGGAAAUGUACGAGCACGGGCUCAAAGUGGAGAACGAAUAUAGGAAUUAUAUAUCUGCUGAAAUCCCAGCCGGCGUCAAUAUAGCGUACAUGUGCACGCAAAUCAAGGAGGCCGUCGAGGAAGAGCAGAACAAGACUCUGUGGGUGCCUUCAGCGCAAGCCUGACCCCUGCCCCCCACUCCCCCCACUCCCCCAACCCGCACACCCUCCUC